UUCACUGUCAGAAGGCCUUGCAAAAGCCAUCAAAAAAUUUAUUUUGACAGAAAAUCGAACAAAAAAUCCUUGAAAAUUUUUGUGGAAAAGUGUCAAUCAACGUAAAAAAAAUUCUCAAUUUUUAAAAAAUUGUGUAAAUCAGUGCCGACUCUCAGCUGCUCUCGUUUUUUCGUGAGAUUUAAGAGCAAAACAGAUGCGAAAAGUGACAAAAAGUGUGGAAACCGCGCAUGUUCUCUUAUUCAAAAUUUUCUUUUGUACGUACACAGCAGUACGUCGCAUACCUACAGAGAGACACAUAGUCGAACGAUAAAUAAAGAAAAUAUUGUCAGUAGUCAUCUGUGAGCAAAAGUUAUCAGUUGUUGCCGUUGAUAAUAAAAAAAAUAUACAAAUAUUUUUCUGAAAAGGAAUUUGAGUAUUUUAUUUGUGAAGCGAAAUAGAUGCUGAAAUAAGCCCUUGACACGUUUGAAUGGGAAAAAUGGUGCAACCGUUCGGCAGUACCUACGAUGACAAUGCGACCAAUAACACCGCCACAACUGCAACUGCUCCUCCGAUGGAAGCGGUGGAUCUUCAGACCAGCUAUGUGGAGUUCAUUCUCCUCGGUGAUCGCGAAAAUUACGUUGUGAGAGCCGAAAGACGGGCAAUUGUUGAGUCACAGUGCGAAUUAUCGCGCAUUUUCCAAAGUGGCGGAACAACAGCGGUUCGCAGAGUGGACGAGAAUCGCUUUUCCGUAUCUGAAAGCAAUAAAGAGAAUUUUGAACUUUUUAUCAGAUUCCUUGAAACGAAAUUCAUUAAAUUCCAAGAUGCACAACACACACUCGAAAUGCUGGAAAUUGCCUCACGUUACCGAUGUCCAGAACUCGAAGUGAAAUGUGUAAAGGAGCUUGACAUGUUCCUCAGUGACAAAUCCGUGCUUAAAGUUUUCCGCGCACUCUGGCUCUACAAUUCAAUUAUCCCACCGGUGAAGGCGAAAGAUCUUCGUGGCAAGAGUCGUCAAAAGGCCAAGGAACUUCCCACAUUCACGCCCGAAGAAUAUUUCGCCGCGCUACUCAACAACUGCCUCCAACUCAUCGAAAUGCAUGCCGCCGAGAUAUUCCAGCAGCCCGAAAUGACCAAGUUGUCGUUCAAGGAGCUCGAGAUGAUUGUGAAGCGCGAUGCCUUGCAAAUGCCCUACGAAACCGUUUUGUACGAUCUCUUGUCCAGCUGGAGCAAAGAGGAGUGUUUGCGCAAAAAUAUCGAUCUCACCUCGGAAAAUCGACGACGUGUCCUUGGAGCGUUGUGUUACACGCCGCGCUAUCUCACCAUGAGUUCCAGUGAGUUUCAGUCACUUAAAGAUCGCGUCGAGCUACUUGACACCUCGGAAGUGGCUCUCGUCACGGAAGCCUUCAAAAACAAGAAACAGUCGAAUUUGACGCCGGAACAAACGGAACUCUUGAAUAGCUUCAAAAAACAACGACCACCAUUCCCACUUUUGCCGAUACAACUCAGUGAGAGAAGUAACGCGAAAAAUUACCCGAAAAAGAUGCGGCGAUAUGUCGCGGACCUCGAGAAGGAAAAUGAUCCACAACGAAGCUGCUGUCAUCGGUCCAUCCUCAAUUGCGUGGGUGUCUUUGCAUUUAUCUUCGAUUAAGGGAAAAAAAACGAGAUUUUAACGAUAAAUGAGUCUCCAGACUGCACUAGCUUGCCAUAAAAGAUGAUCGAUGUCGCGCUGUAAGGCUAGAAUUUUCGUACAACUGAGUAGUUUUAGAGCUUAAGUUAAGGAAACUUUUUGAUACGAACAAAAAUGAUAAUCGUCGUGCUUGAUGUCGUCACACUUUUCCAAUACUACCAAAAAAAAACUUUGAACGCUCACAAGAUGCUUCAAAUUCCUUUCAGAAAUUCUUCCUUGCAACGCAUUAUUUUGACGAUUUUAAUUUUGACCUACUCUAGAUAAUUAUAAAAUAAUUCACAUAAAAAGGUUAAAAAUUUUUUAAAAA